AUGGCAAAAUCAACUUCCUUCCAACUACUUUCAUGGCUUCUAAUAUGUUCAGUUUCUACCGUAGUAGCUAGUAAACUAAGUCAUGAACAUGAAACUAAAGCUGUAGAUGAUUAUCUUCCAAGUUAUUAUCCUCAGCCUCACAAAAACCUCCUUAAUGUCAUCGAUUCGUGCUGGAGAUUGAACCACGAUUGGUCAUCCAAUCGCAAGGCUUUAGCAGAUUGUGCAAUAGGCUUUGGAAGUAAUGCUAUAGGAGGUAAAUAUGGUGACAUUUACGUGGUCACUGACCCUUCUGAUGAUCCUGCAAAUCCUGAACCAGGCACUCUUAGGUAUGGCGUUAUUCAGUCCGAGCCACUUUGGAUCAUUUUCAAAAGGGAUAUGGUACUUACACUUAAGAAUGAGCUUAUGGUCAAUAGUCACAAGACUAUAGACGGCAGAGGUGCAAAAGUUGAGAUUUCUAAUGGUCCAUGCAUUACAUUGGACUAUGUUACAAAUGUUAUUAUUCAUGGGAUUAGUAUCCAUGAUUGUAAGCCUGGUAAAAAAGGGAUGGUUCGUAGUAGUCCUGAACAUGUUGGUGAAAGAUUAGGCUCUGAUGGUGAUGCCAUAAGUGUGUUUGGUUCGUUGAAUGUUUGGAUUGAUCAUUGUUAUCUUGCCCGUGCAACGGAUGGCCUACUCGAUGUUAUUCAUGCUUCAACUGCAGUAACUAUCUCCAACAAUUACUUCACUGAGCAUGACAAAGUCAUGUUGUUGGGGCACAAUGAUCAAUAUACUGCAGACAGAAGCAUGAAAGUCACAGUAGUAUUCAACCAUUUUGGCCGUGAACUAGUUCAAAGGAUGCCAAGGGUUAGAUAUGGUUAUGCUCAUGUGGCCAAUAAUUAUUAUGAUCAAUGGUUAAUGUAUGCCAUUGGUGGGAGUGCAGAUCCAACAAUAUUCAGUGAGGGAAAUUAUUUCAUUGCUCCUGACAAAGCUUACAACAAAGAGGUCACUAAGAGGGAGACUGAAGAAAAAGGAUGGAAGAGUUGGAAAUGGAGGUCUUCCAAGGAUGUGUUUUUGAAUGGAGCAUAUUUUAAUCCAUCUGGAUAUGGAAGUAUUGCUCCAAAAUACACAAGAGGACAAUCGUUUAUUGUUGCUCAAGGAUCGUUAACUCCCUCUUUAACUUCUGAUGCUGGUCCUCUUCAAUGUGUUGUCAAUGAACCUUGCUAAUUAUACAAAAUUUCUUCUUUCCUUUUCCAAUCACCAUUCCCUGUAUAUCUUUGGCAGCAUUUUUUAAUGCCUCAAAGUUUAAUUUACACUUAACGUAUACCAUAUUUAGAAAGUUCAAGAAAGAUUCAGGAUUUUGGAGUUUUAAGUUUCUUUGAGAUAUGGAGAAAGUUGUAUUCCUCAUAGUUUAUAGCACACUGUUUGUUUUUUUGAGAAUGACAAUGGAUUUUAGAAGGGUGUAAUAUAACAUCAAAGGAGUAACUUUUGUAUCG